AUGUCUACAGUUACUAGAAGAAGAGUAGGAGCACAUAAUUCGAAUUCGGAUGAUGAUAACACAAAAGAGUCACCAACACAACAACAUAAUAAAAAAGUAGCUUAUGAUCCUCGUGACAUUGAUGAAAGUAAAUCAAAUCCUAAACUUACUUUAAUGGAAGAAGUUUUGUUACUAGGGCUUAAAGAUAAGCAGGGAUAUCUCUCGUUUUGGAAUGAUAGUAUUAGUUAUGCCCUACGUGGAUGUAUUGUCAUUGAAUUAGCUUUGAGAGGACGAAUUGCGAUGGUGAAAGAUGCCAAUCGUCGAAAAUAUCCUCUAUCUGAUAGAUAUAUCGAAGUUAUUAAUGAAAAUUUGACAGGCGAAGUUUUAUUAGAUGAAGCCUUAAAGAUGAUGAAAACAAAUGAAAAGAUGAGUGUUUGCAAUUGGAUUGAUUUAAUGAGUGGUGAAACUUGGAAUGUGAUGAAAAUUGGAUAUCAGUUAAAACAAGUGCGUGAACGUUUAGCUAAAGGAUUAGUUGAUAAAGGUGUUCUUCGUACAGAGAAGCGCAAUUUUUUAUUAUUUGAUAUGGCUACUCAUCCAGUUGCUGACCCUGCUGUCAAAGAAGAGAUCAUCAAAAGGGUCUGUACAAUGCUCGUGACGCGCGUUUCGCCUGCUGCUAUUGAUGCACAAUCUGACAUUCCUUUUGCUUAUGUUCGAACCAUUAGUAUGAUUUGUUCUGCUUAUGCUGCAAAUGUACUUGAAAAUGCUUUACUUUAUCUUCAGCCUGAAUUGAGAGAACAAGCAUUUAACAAAGUAGACGAAUUAAUGAAUGACUAUUCUUCUUGGCCUUUUGCAAAUACAAAUGGUAAAGUGGAUAUACCUCCUGGUACUGAUCUGCAAUUAGAAGUUGUUGCUAGUGUAUUAAAUGUGCUUGCAAAGAUGGAUGCUAUUGUAAGUUUAUUUCUUUCAGGAUGUAUGUAUGUCUUGACUCAUUUUUUUUUUUUUUUAUUUUUCUAG